GUUGAUGGCGUCUGGCAGGCCUGGUCUCAGUGGUCCUCGUGUAACACAACAUGCGGCGGUGGCCGAAAGGAAAGGAAGAGAUUAUGCCAGGAGCCACAGCACGGAGGGAGCCCCUGUAGCGGGCCAUCAGCAGAAUAUCUUAGUUGUAAUGAGAACCCGUGUCCCAGUAAGAGUGAACAUAUAUACAUU